GCAACACUACAUUUUGCAGCUCUUGUAAACAGACAAGGCAUCGUAAAUGGCGCGCAGUAAAAUUUGGAAAUAUUACGAUAAAAUAGACCAAAGUACGGCACAAUGUCAGCUUUGCGAAAAGAUCAUCAAGACAUGCGGCAACACAUCAAAUUUAAUGAAACAUAUGAAGACCCAUCCACAAAUCGAUGUGAAUGACAAUGAAUCUGUUGUGGUGCGCGGCAUUCUAAAACGCGAGCCCAAUCUUUCCAAGCAUCGCAAUAGAAAAAUGCGUGUGGAGCGUGGCUAUGCGGUAAAGAUUGAAAAGUUGGUAAAGGCUGAAACAGACACCGAUGCAGUAAACAUUAUUGAGUUUGUGGACGGCGAUGCCGAGGCACACGCAGCUGUGGAGAGCGUUGUUGCCGAAGAAACCUACACCAACUGGCUGGGUCAAGAAACUGAAUCUGCUGAAACAGUUAGUGCGGGUGAUAUUAUUGAAUUCGAGCCAAAGCAUGGACAGUAUCAGACUGCACAAAGCGUGGUUUCCUAUCACAUAAAUGGCGAGCAAGAGGCAGAAAAUGAGAAUGCCGAUUGUCAAUUGCCAAGGUCUCCGCGUGUUCGUUAUAUGGAUAGACUGGCUUACUUUGUCUGUCGCGAUAAGCAUCCGUUGCACAUAAUAAAAGGCGAAGGCUUUCAAGAGCUGAUUGGCAGCCAGAAUGCAGAAUUGCAACUCCCCAGUAUUGAGCAGCUGGGGAACUAUAUAAACCUCAAAGCACAAAAGCAGGUGGCACAUCUGCGUCGCCAAUUUAAUCAGAUGGAAACACUGUCGCUUAGUUGCUCUUUAAGCACAACUGCUGAAUUUAGUUAUCUUGAGCUGGCAGCGCAUUAUUAUGAGGGCAUCAACAGACGGUCGCGCACGCUAGCCGUGGAUGUGUUGCCAAAUGAAUGUUAUGUUGGAAGCAUUGUUGGAAGUUUAGAGCGCGCGUGCCAGCAGUUCGACAUUGAUAAGUCUAAAAUAGUUUGCAUUGUAUGCAGGGACAAUCAGCUACUCAAGGAAGCAGUAACAGAUAUGUUGGGUAGGCAAGGCUAUAUGCCUUGCUUUGCUCAACAGCUGGAGUCACUUUUGGAGUGUGUACUUCAGCGUUUUGAAUUCACUGCGCUUUGCGAGAAAGUUCGACACUUCAUCAUGACAAGCGACUUGUGCACGGAACUGAAGUUGCCGUUGGAUGUAAGAGAUCGUGCUUUGAGCAGCUAUGAUAUGCUGGAGCGUUACUUGAAAUUGCAGCACAAGAUGCAAUUAAAUGCGCUCGCAGCGGAUGAGUUGGAUUUGGCAUCUGAAUUGCUUGCUGUCUUGACGCCUAUAAUUAGUGCUGUGCGACAGCUGUGUGGUAACAGUGUGCGCUCCUAUCCAUAUGCCAGCAAUGUGCUGCCCAUUUUAUUUACCAUACUUAAUGAGCUAAAGCAGCCGCUUGUGGGUCGAAGCAGGCCCCAUCAGUUUGUGCACGAAUUGCGCACGUUUGUCAUCAGGAAGCUGGAGGAAAGCUAUAACAGCUUUGAACAAAAUCCACACAUGGCGUUCGCAAGUCUUUUGGAUCCUCGUUUUCGCAACAUGCCCUUCCAGAGCGUGCCGCUUAUGACCAAAUAUAUGACACAAUUAUAUACACUGUAUGAGGAGAGGGGAGAGGCAGCUGCAGCUGAAAUGGCCGCCAAGCAGGCCUCGACUGAAGGCUACAACAUUUGGUCCGCCUAUAGUGCGCUCGCACAUGAGAAAUACAAGCAAAGCACCAUGACUACUGAAAAUGAGAGCGAGGAUGAGAUCUCAAGUUUCUUUAAUGCAAAUAGUAGUUGCUUACAGACUGAGCCCUUGUUGCUGUGGCAGAAUCUGGCGCAGUUUCAUCCUUUUCUGCAAAGCCUAGCAAUGAAAUACUUACAUAUUCCUGCAUCUGCUUUGCCACCAGCCCGACUUUUUACCGAUGAAGGCAGCGAGACGUCAGAUUGUCUUGCUAAACUUGAGGAAAAUCAUAUGAAUAAUAUGGUCAUCAUGUCUGAUUGCAACAAGGAGGAAUGGAAUUUAUAACCAUGCAUACACGAUUACAUUAUCCUUUAGUUAAUUUUAUAACCACAC